UAAUUCACGCUAUGCGUCUCCAUCUUGUAAAAAGGUAUAAACAAACAUGGCUGAUAUUAGCGACGAAGAAAAAAAUGACUCGGAAUUUGAAGACGAUGAAAAAAUCGAUUUAAACGAGGUACCAAAAUACAAUGAAAUCAGUGACAUAGAACCUAAAAAAACUAUAGAAGAAAUAUCAAAUGAAUUAAACCAAGAUGAUAAUAUCAGUGGAAUUUUCACAGAAAAUAAAAGUCAAUUACCUCCUGAAGAAUUGCUUAAUCAACUUAGUAUCAAAAGCUAUAAAAAUAGUAUUGAGAUGCAAAAGUUCGAUAAAAUUUGCUGUCUUGCUUUGUCAAAAAUCGUCUAUGGUGAAGCACACUGGAAAGUUGCAGAAGCACAUAUAGAAUUGGCUAUUUCUUAUUUAAAAGAAAAAAAAUUUCCACAACAAACGCUAAAACAUGUAAAACUUGCCUUAGAUAUUUUAUUGAGCGUGCAGGAGGAAAGUUCAGAAGUACAGCUAUUGCUUCAAAAGUUGUAUCUUGCAAUGGGUCGUGCAUAUAACCAAUUAAGAAAAUAUAAAGUAGCUGAAAAUUGUUUUCAAAAAGCAAAAGUUGUAUCUGAUAGAUGCAAUGUUUGUGCAGACAUGUUUUUAAAAGUAAAAGUAAAUAUUAUGUCGUGCUUGUCUAAGACAGCAUGCAAAAUGGGGCAAAUGGGUCAGGCAGCUGAAUACCUUGAAUAUGCACUUACAGUUGCAGAUAAAAUAUCUACAAAUAAAAAUUCAAAAAUGGCUAAACUUUAUAUUCAAAUCAUCAAUUUAGAAUUAAUGAACGAUAAACAUAUAAAUGUAUCAACAGCUAAUGAAGCAGGUUUAAACGCGCUAAAACAUUUAAAUAUAUCAAAUAAUAAAAAAAAAACUGCACAAGUUCACUUGCUUUUGAGUCGGGUGGAAAGUAAAAAAGAAAUUGUUGAUUAUGCAACAGUUGAAUAUCAUAUUCAAGAAGCCUUAAAAGUUCAUGUUGAAGACAAUGACAUGGAUCAGAUAAUAUCUCUUCAAUCAAUGCUCUGUAAAGUUCUAAUUCAACAGAGUCGGUAUACGGAGGCCAAAGAGGCUUUACUUAAGUGCAUAGAGGAUUGUGAAAUUAAUUAUGGCGAUAUGUCAGUAGAAUGUGCUGAGUUGUAUGAGCUAAUAGGAAGUUUAAGUUUAGAACAAAAAAAUUUUUCACAUGCAAUGUUUUAUCUUACAAAAGCUGAGGAAAUAUUUUCUGGUAAAAGCAUUCACAAAGCUAGGCAAGAAAAGUUAUUAAAAGUUAUUGAUAUUAUUCGUAAAGCGAGCAAAGACGAGUCGAUGAAAACAGGAAGCGAUAAACUGAAAGAAAGGCCACGUUUUACAUAAAAUGAUUUCCGCAAAUAAUGUAUUUGUGUAGUGAUUAAUUUAAUAUUUGAACAAAUGUUCAAUAAAAAUUCGUGAGGCUUGCCGACUGUAAAUGUAUACCCAUAAGUUUUUUUACUUGCAGUUAAUUAUUAUGCAA